AUGACUUCAGAAGACGCACCCCCAGAGGACAAGGCAGAAAGCCGCGCCGUAUUGCUCGGCAGAAUGGUUGCCGCGGCGCAAGAGGGAUCAUCUCAGAACGACAACGAGGCCGUUCCUGAUAUGGAAGGCAUGGAUGAAGAAGACGCGUUAAGAAAUCUGACCGGGACGGUCAGAGACCAAAAUGACCUUGAACGGGACAUCACCAUCCAGGCCAAUGCUGCGCUGAUGGAGGCCGAGGACAAGAAGGAUCAGAACCGGAUCGAGAAAUUGCAGGCGACCAGGCAUCGGCUUCAACUUCAGUUGGACAAGGAGGAGAAGCGGCUCGAGAAGGUUGCCGGAAACCCGUACCAGUCUCGGAAUGUCCAGAAAGAAAUCGCCAAGUUGGAAGUUGAGAUCCAACAAGUUAGUAACGACAUCUCGGACUUCCAAGCGCGCAUAAAUAGGCGUCAUCAGGAGAAUCCUGUCGAGGAUGCCGCGCAGGCCAAGUCUAAGAGACUCCCUGGCGAGGGUCAUCGUGAAUAUCUUAUUCGAACCGGAAAAAUUACGCCCUUUGCCAAGGUUGGAGGCCCACGACCAGCGGGUAUCGAGGGGCAACUUGCAGAUGCCAUUCUGGAUGCUGAGGAGGCAGCUGCUGCGGAACAACUAGGUGGCAACGACCAAGGCCCUACAUCUCACCAACUGCUUCGACGACCCGGCUUCGCCGAUGAGGCUACUGAGUCGGAGCCAGAGCCUGUUGCUGUCCAGAGCGAAUUUUCUCUCCGACCAAGGAAAAAACGGCGUGUUCAAGCAGACCGUAGCCCGUCUGCAGAUUUCGAACCUGAACCUGAGGGCUCAUCUGGUUCAGACCAUGAUGUCUGGCAGCAAGGAACGGAGGAUGAUUUCAUUCGAGACGAACGCCGUAAGACGAAGGCCAAGGCCAAGGCCGAAGAUGAAGAGACGAUUGAUCUCAGCAAGAUCGAUGAUGGGAAUGAAGCCCAUUUCAAGAGAAGAUUGAACGACUGGGUGACCCGAAGAAGUCGUGCGAGACGGGCUCGUCGACAGAAUACCGACUCAUCUGUCGAGGCCGAGGACAGCGACCAAGAAGAGGACGAAUGGUUUAAGCCUGCACCGGAUUUCCCCGAUCAUGAAUUUGGCGACGGUCUCAAGUUGCCUGGCGAUAUUCAUCCGUCCCUUUUUGGGUACCAGAAAACUGGCGUCCAGUGGCUUGCUGAGCUGCACAAGCAAAGUGUCGGAGGCAUUGUCGGUGAUGAGAUGGGCCUGGGAAAAACCGUGCAACUGAUUGCAUUCAUUGCUGCCCUUCAUUACAGCAAGAAGCUGAAGCGCCCAGUCGUCGUGGUUGCCCCUGCGACCCUCCUGCGACAAUGGGUGAGCGAGUUUCAUCGCUGGUGGCCUCCCCUUCGUGUCUCAAUUUUGCAUGCUUCUGGCAGUGGGAUGAUGAAUCCGAAAUUCGAGGAUGACUACGACCUGGACCAUUAUCGGCCGAUCGCAAGCAAGUCAGGGAAAGCGGCGAGGAGGAUCGUCAAUGGCGCUGUGAAGAACGGACAUGUCCUAGUCACGACGUACACUGGCCUUCAAACAUAUGCCGAAGAGUUGCUACCCGUUCAGUGGGAUUACGCCGUGCUAGAUGAGGGACACAAGAUCCGAAAUCCCAAUGCAGAGAUUACGGUCACCUGCAAGGAACUAAACACCCCAAAUCGCGUCAUUCUCUCUGGAACUCCGGUUCAGAACAACCUUACUGAGCUCUGGUCCCUGUUCGACUUUAUCUACCCUAUGCGACUGGGAACACUGGUCAACUUCAGGUCACAGUUUGAGAUUCCUAUCCGACAAGGUGGUUACGCCAAUGCCUCCAAUCUACAAGUCAUGACGGCAGAAAAGUGCGCAGAAGCAUUGAAAGAGACUAUCAGCGAGUACUUGCUCCAGCGUUUGAAGGUCGAUGUUGCCGCCGACCUUCCCGAAAAGACCGAACAAGUGCUCUUCUGUAAGCUCACUGACGGGCAACGUGGAGCCUACGAGACGUUCAUCAAGUCGGACGAGGUUUCGGCCAUUCUGAAUCGGAGACGGCAAUCACUCUACGGAAUUGACAUCCUCCGCAAGAUCUGUAACCACCCCGAUCUACUGGACAAAAGUCUUGGUCAGAAAGCUGGAUACGACUUUGGUAGCCCAAAGCUUUCGGCCAAGCUGCAACUUACCAAGGAUCUUUUGCAAAAGGUCAUGAUUCCCAACGGUCACAAGGCCCUCCUGUUUUCUCAAGGCAAGCAGAUGCUCAACAUCAUCCAGAAGUGCAUCAGGGAAUGUGGCAUCUCUCAUCUCCGAAUGGACGGUGAGACUCCAGUGGACCAACGACAGACCAUGAUUGACAGGUUCAACGAAGACCCUGACAUUCAUGUCUUUCUCAUGACUACCCGGACAGGUGGCCUGGGAACUAACCUUACUGGAGCGGAUCGAAUCAUCAUCUUUGACCCUGAUUGGAACCCGUCAACUGAUCUUCAGGCAAGAGAAAGAGCUUGGCGACUGGGGCAGAAGAGACCGGUCAAAAUCUACCGCCUCAUGACAGAGGGGACUAUUGAAGAAAAGAUUUAUCACCGUCAGAUUUUCAAGCAGUUCAUGACGAACAAAGUCUUGAAAGACCCGAAGCAGCGGAGCUCCUACGACCUCUCAGACCUUUACGAUCUUUUCAGUUUCAACUCAACUGGAGAGGCAGGGGCUCAAAGAAGCGAGGUGUUCAAAGGCGCAGAGGUCGACUUGGGCAACAACACAACGGAAGGGGGAGAGACACAGGCUCCAAAGCUCAUUGGUAGCGUGGGACGCAACACAGAAGACAGUGAAGGAAAGGAGCUUCAAAAAAUGGACUUGGUUGCUGCAAUGGAGGAAUACACAGAGGAUAAAUCCGUCCACGACGAGAGGCGCAUGCUAGAGGGCAUCUUCGCCAAGUCUGUCAACAGCGCCUAUGAUCACGAGCAAAUUGUCAAUGGCCCACAGAAGGCCAAGGCAGAUGUCAGCGUUCUUCGACAUGAAGCCAACCAAGUCGCUCGUCAAGCAGCAGCACACCUCCGCCAGGCGGCUGUCGAGGCCCGGCGAGUUCCCAUUGGCACUGUUACCUGGACGGGCGAAGUGGGACAAGCAGGCCGCCCUGGAGCCAACCGACGUCGCGGAGGACCCAGUUCCGCAGGAAUCAUGAGCAAUCUUGCUGACCGUCAAGGUCUUGAUGGCGGCAGUGCGAGCAGCUCUCGUUCUGGCACGCCAGGCUCGGACAGGAACUUGAAGGCAAAGGAUUUCAUUGCCAUGAUCAAGACGUUUAUAAACCGACAUGGAGGACGUGUGCCCAGCAAGAUGCUCGUAGACCACUUCAACCCGUAUUGCCCAGGAAAGAAGCAAAGUGACGAGUUCAAGACUGCUCUGGAUAAAGUUGCUGUGUUGUCCAAGACAGGCGGAACUGGUAGGGGGAUUUGGACGCUGAAACCAGGAAUUAAAUAG